AUGAAGUUUAUGGACUUGCCGAGUGUCUCGGCACUGAAUGCGGACUUGAACCAAGUGCCGCUGCCCCCGGGUGGUCACACCGUCCUCACGUGCGUCUUGGAAACGUACUCCUGCAAGGCGACGAACUCGGAUAAGAAAGUAGCGCAUUCACUGGAAAACCGUUUGAGCGAACAAGCUCAAGUCGAGUGCGUCUCGCCUCAGGGUGUCGGUGCGCGUGCGCAAAGAACGAACCCUCAUCAACGCAAGGUGCUCAUCUACCUCAUUCUCGCGCUGAAUACAUCGUUUCCGGAAUAUGACUUUUCGGGAGUUGCCUCCAGAGCGCUCGAGUGCUUCAAGCCAUGUCCGCCCACAGCCGUACAACACGACAUUGAUUUGGCACUGCAAGAAGCGUACCGAUACAUUGAUGAGCAGCACGAGAGCCUCCGCCGAGGCCUUCCCCGGAACACGACCUCGUUGUCGGCGAAAGACCAUUGGCCAUCUGGCAUUGGACGCAUCCCUCGCAGGCGACAGCACGCUUCGGGGAGGUGUGGUCCUCAAAUUCAGUCUGGAACCAGUGCCCGAACGCUAGCGAUCGCAUCCGCUCCGUAUAGGAGGAAACGAGUGCUUGACCACGAGCGCGUUGUUGCGUCGGCGCCGUGCUCGCAGCGGGGUCUCGCUGGCAAGUCGCUGGCAUCGAGCGCGCUCGGACAAUCGUCCUGUGAGUCACUGACGUCGCUGCUUGGGACUCGAGAACGUCUUUGGACGACCGUCCAACAAGUCAUUGCCUUCCCAAAUUGCGAAAUAUAUACAUAUGUCGAGGCAGACGAUACUGACGGACCGUUUCAUGAACCGGGAAUCAUCUGGUCAUUCAAUUACUUUUUCUACAAUCAUGCACUGAGGAGGGUUCUGUUCAUGAAAGCAACGGCAGUACAGAUGCUUCAUCCGGAGCGUGUACCCACGCUUGAAUGGCUCGAAGGUGAGUCGUUCAUUCAAAGCGACUCAGCAACAGAAGAUGAACGAAUCGCAGAAGGGACAGUGUCACCGAUGGGAGAAACGCGCGAAUGCGAAGCGGCAUCCGGGGCAGUCGGUAUACUCCGAAAACACCGGAGCGAUGCGCAGCUCAUCUUCGACUUGAAUCCAUGA